AUCCAGCCUCUGCUUUUCUGUAUUUCGGGCUCAUGAUGAGAAGCGAAGAACACGUCGUGGUGCAGAUUAUUAUAACAUAGAAUUGAUACGAUUGACAGUCGCAGUGGUGUUUAUCUGUUGGAUGUCCGUUGUAUAAACUCUAACGCUGAACAAUUCAAUUGUCAAUUGUCAACUGAAUUGUGCACACAGUUGUAGGUGUAGCCUCAAUAUUUCCAUAUCAAAUAUGAUCCGACUACGGUUUAAGUACUGAUAUGGGCCAGUCAGUGCAGAUGUGACUGCAGGGUAAGAUUUGCAUGAGGAUUUCCACCCCAUCACUAAAGAGAAGCUGCAAGGAGGAUAAAAAAGAGAUUUUCUGAUAUUCUGUGUAUAUUUCAUUUUUUUUUUAAAUAUAUGUGGAUACAUAUCUAAUAUUUUCUCAGCAAAAAAAAGACUUACAAAAAUACCUGACAGGUGGCCUUUCUUCUACAUAUGCACUGUACUGUUGCUUCACUUAAACAGUAAGAUGGCAAGAAAAUUGAGGAACACAAGAGGUCAGAGGACUUGGUGAAGAAAUGGCCGAUUAACCCAACAUAUAAGGAAUACUGAUGCAAAAAAAAAAAGAACAGUAAGGUGAAGACAGAAAGAGUUACAGACAGAGGUUUGUACAGUGAGGGAGAAGAAAGGUGAAGUUUUGAGAAGUGAGUACAGGAGUGGGUGGUUACUCCCAAUGGCUACUGAUCCUGGGAAGUCAACUGUCACAGCAAACACCUCUGAGCCAGUGGAGAAGGAGAAGAUGACUGAGCAAGAGGCUCAGAUAGAUCUACGCAGGAAGAAAACACAUAGAACCCUUUCUGACUUCCCUUCAUCAUGGACAGAGGAAAGAAGACAAAAAGAUGAAGGAGAAAAAGAAGCGGAAGGGAAUGAUUCUGUUCACUUCACCUCAACAGCCUCCUCAGUCACUCACGCCACCAGGUUGAGACGAGAGAAUAAGCGUUUCUUCUGGAAGAGUGUGGAAAUUCAUGAGGAGGAGGUUGAUGUAGUGAUUGCAAAUGUGCCCCAUGCAGAUCUGCAAAGCCUAAAGUGCCAUGACCCGAAGACUUCCAACAUGGCUUUGGCCAACAAUGGGUCCAGGCAAGAGACUGACACAAGUUUUCCUGCAGGUGUGGUUGUUGGGGAUUCCUGCAACUUCACUCAGGAGACUGAAAAAAGUGCUAGUGCUUCUGCUUCCGUACCCCCACAGGGUAGUCGAGAGAAGACCCAAGAGCCAGAGGAGGAGGCAGAGAUGAAAGCUGUGGCAACUUCUCCAGAUGGCCGCUUCCUCAAGUUCGACAUUGAGCUGGGCAGAGGGGCCUUUAAGACUGUUUACAAGGGACUGGACACAGAGACAUGGGUGGAGGUGGCCUGGUGUGAGUUGCAGGAUCGCAAGCUGACCAAGGCAGAGCAGCAACGCUUCAAGGAGGAGGCAGAGAUGCUGAAGGGGCUGCAGCAUCCCAACAUUGUGCGCUUCUACGACUCCUGGGAAUCUGUUCUGCCGGGCAAGAAGGGCAUUGUCCUGGUCACCGAGCUCAUGACCUCAGGAACACUCAAAACCUACCUGAAACGUUUCAAGGUGAUGAAACCCAAGGUCCUGCGCAGUUGGUGCCGACAAAUCCUGAAGGGACUGCAAUUUCUGCACACCCGAUCCCCGCCCAUCAUCCACCGUGACCUUAAAUGUGACAAUGUCUUCAUCACAGGCCCCACAGGGUCUGUCAAGAUUGGGGACCUGGGCUUGGCCACACUGAUGAGGACUUCCUUUGCCAAGAGUGUAAUAGGCACCCCAGAGUUUAUGGCCCCAGAGAUGUAUGAGGAGCACUAUGAUGAGCUGGUUGAUGUCUAUGCCUUUGGGAUGUGCAUGCUGGAGAUGGCGACAUCAGAGUACCCCUACUCUGAGUGCCAGAACGCUGCGCAGAUCUACCGCAAAGUGACCAGUGGUAUCAAACCAGCUAGUUUUGACAAGGUGAGUGACCCCGAGAUCAAGGAGAUCAUCGAAGGCUGCAUACGCCAGAAUAAGAGUCAGAGGCCGUCUGUCCGGGACCUGUUGACUCAUGCGUUCUUUGCUGAGGACACUGGGGUACGGGUGGAGCUGGCUGAAGAGGACACAGGUCUGCAGGACUGCCUGGCACUGCGGAUCUGGGUGGAAGAGCCCAAGAAGCUGAAAGGAAAACACAAGGACAAUGAAGCCAUUGAAUUUCUCUAUGACCUGGAGAAUGACAGUCCAGAAGAAGUAGCCCUAGAAAUGGUCAAAUCAGGCUUCUUCCACGAGAGUGAUGCUAAGGUGGUGGGGAAGUCCAUCCGGGACCGAGUCACACUCAUCAAAAAGUCUCGGGAGAGACGGUGGCAGCAACAGCAGAUUCAAGACCUUAAGCACCUGAAGGAUGAUUCCAUUAUGUCAUCGUCCAAGCCCUCAUGCUCCUCUUUUCUGGGACCUGGGGUAGAAGAGAGGCAGGAAGAGACAGGGGAGCUGCCAGAGGUGGACCAGCAUACUCGACAACAGCAGCAAAUGCACGGUGUUGCAUCUACAGGCCUCCCAGAUAUUGAGAGUGUUUCUUCUGUCAGCUGUGGGUUUGAGGCCAACAGUCGAAGACCCAGUAUACCUCCCCUGCAGCAGUAUGGGCUUCAACAAGGACAGCUCAGCCUACACUCUUCACACAGCCUCCACACUCAUUACUUUCCAGAAAGCUCACAGAAACCAUCUCUAAAAACAGUAGUGCUUGACUCUGUGGAUGCCUCUCAUCCUUUAGUUUCACCAUUGCCCUCGCAGUCGUAUGUACCAUCAGUCUUACCACAAGCUCCCACUUAUCCAGCCUCUUCAUCUACAAUCAGAGAGACCAGUGAAUUACCUUGUGUACCUCAGGAAGGGGCUGAAUUUUCUGCAAUAGCUUCACACAAUGCACAGCUCAAUGUUGCCCCCUUGCAGCAACAAGAAAUGUUGUACAAAUCUUUACCUCAGCAGACCCAACAAACCGUAAUUCAACAGGAGGUGUUGGCAGAGUGUCAACAGCCAACUUUGCAGCAGAGUGCUCUACUGAAACAAGAAAGGCACAUAUGUUCAGCAUCCCCAUUAGAUAAAUCUUUGUCACACCAACAGGAACAGCAACACGCUUUGCUCCAACCAGAUUCUAUUCAGAAACAGCCACUUGUAUUACCAGUAAAUCAAAUGUUUACAUGUCAAGAGCUAACAGGGCAACAGCAGCAACACCAGCCUUUCUUACAACAGCAACAGAGGCAACUCCAGAUUUUAUCUGAAGAACAAAAAAUUGAUCAGCAGCAACAGACUGAGAAACAACAGCUGAAAGAGAAGCAGCACGAACAACAAGGUUACCAUAUUCAGAAGCAGCACAAGGACUCUUUGCAAGUGCAACGUCAUUCGCUAUUUCAAAGCCCCUUACAUGUGGCAGUUCAUACCCAACCCCAAGCUAUGAUCGCAGCACAAGGUCAGACUUUUUUAACCGCUCCAGAUCCAAGUCAGUUUCAUGCCAAGUCUCAGCUUCAAACAGGAACUCAGACUUCUCUGCAAGCACUGAGCCAAAAUUAUGUUGAGGGUCAGGCACAAGUUCUGCCCCAGAGUCUAGCGCAGAUCUCCAUUCAGCCCCAGACUGAGGUUUUAACCCAUACUCAACCCCAGAACCUUGUAUAUAUUCACGAUCAAAUUCAAGCAUUGCAACAAGCUUCUCAAGCCCUUGCUUCUCCUUGCCCAUCCCAGCAUAAGAUUCAAACUGGCAGCCCUCCACUGGCCUCAAUCCAAAGACAAGGUCAAACUCACACACAGUGCCAAGUAACUGACCCUAGUCAAAUUCAGAUUCAGACCCAGUCCCUCUGCAACGUGAUGCUCCAAAGCCAACUUCAGGAAACCGAGCACAAUACUGUUCCGAUACUGUUGCAUGGACAGCCUCCUAUCCUACCUCAGGCCCUUACACAUAAAGUGUUGAUGUGUACACCUGCAGCCUCACAGCCCACCCUCCAGCCUGAGGAAUGUGUUCAUCAGCAGUUGGACAGAGCACAGGUUACACCACAGCAGCUGCAACAGUAUCUGCAUCUGUACUGGCAGAUGGUAUCCCAAGAGACAAAUAAGACCUCCCUUGGUGUUGGCACUACUACUGUGGCCCCAUCCCAGCCUGCUGCUCUUCCGCAUGAACAACAGGCUGGACAAUUGCAUAUGCUGGGCCAAACUCUGAUACAGCCGCAGUGUCAGUCGGUCGAUUCUUCAGUGCUAUCACAUUACCACUCCAGCCCAGUACACUACAGACAUCAUAGGACAGAGACUGUUGAAUUACUGGCCCAACCCUCACUACACCCUCUGCAGCAAACUCUGACUUCCCAUGUUCCAAGUGAAAAGUCACCUUGUCAGCUUCAUUCCAGCCCUUCAGUUCAGUUACCCCUUCAGCAGGAUCCUAGCUAUUAUAGUGAAGUAGCUGGAAUCACUACUGCACUACAACAACAGUUACAACCCACUCUAUCAUCUGCUCACACACAAUCCCAAAUGCAGGUGAAAAAACACACACAGACAAUUAAGACUUUGGCACAAUCACAGCUACCCUUGCCUGUUACUUCACACUCCUUUCAACCACCCCUCAGUCCGUGUUAUGGUCCACCCUACCCCUCUGCCACCUUGAUUUCACUCCCUCCUGUUGCCCCUGCUUCAGAACAAACUCUCCUGCAGGCAAUGCGGUUACCCCAGCCAGGGACGGCCAGUGUUGCAUGGGUCCCUCCUCCUGUCCCUGCUUUCCAUUCAUUCGACUCAAACAGCACCCUGACAGGCCAGACUUCACUGCCUAGUUCUGACUCCACCUCACUUGGAACACCUCAGGAAACUUUACAUCCGUCCACCACAGAGAGACGACCCUCUUCCAGUUCUGCUCCUGCAAAAGGAGAGGAGCCCGAGCUACUUUUAGCAAGCGAGAAGGUAGAAAGAGGGAAAUCCCGCAGGAGAUCUUCCUGUCAGAAGUCUGAAAAAGUCACCCACUUUCAGCUUAGCAUGCUCCAGCUCUCCAGCACUGGAGAUCACAUGGUAGAGUGUCAGCUGGAGACCCACAACAACAAGUUGGUCACUUUCAAGUUUGACACAGAGGGUGAUGCCCCAGAGGAUAUAGCAGAUUAUAUGGUGGAGGAGGAUUUUGUGUUGGAUUCAGAGAAAGACAAGUUUGUGGAGGAGUUGAGAGCAAUUGUUGAGAGAGCUGUGAAAAUCGUUCCCAUGCAGCCACAGACUGGUCCAGUGGAUCAGAUCCGUGUUGAAGUUCCGGCACCUGUCAAUGUGGCAUCAGCUCCUCAGUCCUCAGUAGGUCGCUGGCGAUUCUUCAUCAACCAAACCAUCCGCCACAAAGACCCUGCUAAGGGGCCUGCUACAAUGCCCCCAGCUGGAGAAAAACAUACAGUGCCUUCUGCAGACCCUAGCUCAACAAAAGACGGUGAAGGUUCUCAGGGACUUGGAUCCUCCAAUGACACCAGUUCUCCACAUACCUUACUGGCUGUCCCUACUGUCCCCUCCUCUGCUGAAUCUGCAUUAGUCUCUUCGUUGGCUGAAAUUACAGCAGCGGUCACUGUGCCCAGUGUCUCGGGCUUCUCUUCUCUCUCUGCUGCUAGUGCUGCCAUGCUGCCUGCCCCCAUCACUUCUGAUUCACUGACCCAUCUUUCAACCUCUGCUGGGCCAGCCUCUGGCAGCACUUUCCCGAAGUCACCCCAUCAUGCUAAUGAUGAAACCUCUGCCUUUAACUCUGCCCUUGCCACUGCUACCUUUCCGGUUUAUGCAAGUGUUUCUGCUAUUGCUGCCUCUCCUAGUGUCUGCCCUGGGGGACCCACACGAGAGGGGCCUGUGCCUGAAUGUGGCCCUUGUGACACUCCAUCAUUUAAGUCUGUAGGUCUCAGCGUCCACAAACAGCCGUUUCCAAUGUCAGUGCCACUGGAGCUCCAGACAGAAAGUUUAAAGGGACAUUCCCCAUUACAGCAUCAGCUGAAACAUCCAGAAGUAGGGCAGCAAAACCAACUGGCACAUUCAGAGAUGGCAAAAACGGAGUUGACACCAGCCACAAAACACAGACCAAAGACAGAGGAACAGCCUCUACAGCUGCCAGUUCAACAGGAAUGGUCUAAUGAAUCUCCAAUCCAGCGAGACCUGACACGGCAAUCUGUAGAACAGCACAUACCAAAAGCUCAACAAUACCAAACCCUACCAAAACAAGCUGCGCAACAGCAAACUUCUCGAGAACAUGUAAUUCCACAGCAUCAACAUAUGCAACCACAAAUGCUGCCAACAUCAAGUUUGCAGCACCCACAGGAUUUAGAGCAAGAAGCUGAAAACCAGGCCUUACAACCUCCACUGAUUGAUCCUCAACUACUGCAACAGCAGUUAGUGCAACAGACUGAGCAACCUCCAUGUUUACUGCAGUGUGAGGUAUCUGACGGGGACACUCCUAUUCAACCAUCGGUUCAGCCCUCAGAUACCAUUUUGCCGCCUCUUCCACUCUGCACCAUGGUGCCCCCCGUAUUUACCCCCAGUACAUCCCAAACCUCUUCCUUACGGGGCUCAGACACUGAGGACCCCCAGAAAGUCGAGAGUGUUGAUAACUGCAUCAAAACUUUGGAUGAGAAGCUGAGGACUUUGUUACACAAAGAAGGUGACGGCAGUGUGGUAGCUGCAGGGGGUGGCACUGCAGCUCCUUCCACUGUGCCAGCUUUGGAGCCACGUGCUUUCCCUCAGACUUUUCCUUCUCCCCCUUCUUCCUUCAACACCUCCACGCGCUCCUCCUCUCGUACCUCUUCUUCAUGCACCUCCCGGUCAUCUUGCACCUCUCCUGACAUGGAAGAUGGAGAAAAAGACAUCCCAGUUAGAGAGAGUCAGGGAUCCUGGGCCUGUGUAAGCGCCCUGUGUCCCUCUGAACUGGGCCCUGUAGAAUGUCAACCAUCCCGAUCUUUCAGCACCCCCUCACCCCCUUGUUCUCUUCUCCUGCGCCCACAUGAAGAUGCAGCAGCACUGCCAUGUCAGCCUGGCAACCACGCAGUUUGUCUGACCCCCCCACGAUCUGAAGCCACUACCCCAGGAGACAAAACACUUCCUCCGUAUCAGCACCCAGUCUCCCAUCAGCCAGAACAGAGACGGCAAAAAGAAGUCGGUGGAUAUUUUGGCCUGACUUGUCCUAGCAUCAGAAACCCUGUGAGCAAGAAAUCCUGGACUCGCAAAUUCAAAAGCUGGACAUGCAAACUACGUCACUCCAACUUGUUCAAGAAGUCCAGAGUCGAACAAGUGCACACCAGUAAUCAGAAAGGCAAAAACAACGAAGAGAAGGGGACAGACCUCCAUCCCCAUUACCAGACAGGAUUAAUGCAGGUAACUGUACAGCCCCUCCUCUCCACGGAUUCCCUAACACAGCAAAUGCACCUCGGUCAGAGCAACAUUCACAGGAAAGUGGGACACAUCUCUGUGAGCCAGCUGGAGGCACAGGCUGAGGACAAACUGACAGAUGGUGCUCCUCUGUCCCCGGACAUUGACCGAAAGGUGAAGGAGCACUCCGGGGACGAGGAUGAGAUGGAUUUGAAGAAGCAGACUUCCCCAAGCCUUCAUCUCUCCAGCAGCUACUACCCCUCUGACCCUGGGAGCAGUGGUGGUGAUGAUGAAGAUGAUGAUGAAGAUGAAAGUGAAUUGGAAGAUGAGAACCUGAGGAGAGAGCUGCACACACUGAGGGAAAAACACAUCAGAGAAGUUGUUUCCUUGCAGACACAACAGAAUCAGGAGCUACAGGAACUCUACAAACAGUUGCGUUCCCUGAAGGAACAAAGGCUGUUUCUCUCUUGCACUUCUAUUCCACCCUCUGCUCCUCCUGUAUUCUCUCCCCACCGGAUCAGACCUCCCAAAACCAAGCUGCGCCCUCGACCCCAUACAUACACGGACAGCAAAGGAAUCAAACUGAUGGACAUCCAAAAGUGCAGCAGUUUCACAAGAGGAGAGAGGCAGCUGCAUCCCUGUAGCCCCUCAGAGCGGCUCACGCCCCCGAGCACUGAGGGAAGCGAGAGAGAAGGACCUCCAGGAGUGACCCACAGCAGUGACCACUGAAGAGGAGUCAGAGACCUGUGAAAGAAUGCAACAAUAACACGGUUUAAUACAUAAGUAAAUUUGGCUGCACAUACUUUUCAAUGUAGCCGACUGUUGAUCAAUCCUGACAGUGAAGUUAAGUCACCUAAACAUUAAAUCAAUACUUAGCCAGUCACUUUCUUCUUUUAGUGUGACAGCUUUGUAGUUCAUAAGUUUUGAAUUGAGAUUGGUGAAGAACAUCCAUCAGUCUUUGUUUAGAUCAUCAAAAGUGAAGAAACUGUAUGGCAAAUUUGUACAAAUAUCAAUGUUUUGAUGUUUAAUGAACCAGUGCUGAUGUGAACACAUCAGUUUGUCAGCAAAUAUGUGCCUUCCAUAUUCAUUUUAUUCAGCCUUUUCACACUUGCUCCAAAUAUUUUAGUGCACCGUCAUAAAAAUUUUGCAAGCUGUUGACAAUCAAAGUGGUUUGUUUAAACCAUGGAUACAAAACAAGACAUAGAAAUAAGUAACCACUUUCGCUGUUAAGUUUUAAACAAAAACUUUAAAAAAAUACUUAGGUAAUAAUGGACCAACUGGGCUUCAAUGAAGAAAAAUUGAGAUUGAAACCAGGUCAGAAACUUAAUGAUUAAGAGUUUAAAAAAAUAAUAAACAUUUUAAUUGAGGUUGACUAAGCCACCGAAACUGAAAUCUGUUGUUACUUUCAAAUUAGAUUCGAUGAGGUUAAAUAAGAAAACUGAAGAAAAUGAAGAUGCAGUGAUUUAUGUUUGUAUGUGAUAUGGACUAGUCCAUACAAAGGACUGUGAAACAGCAGGGUGCUUUGUCAAAAGCUUUGAAUGACCAUGUCUGCCAAGUAAACUGAGCUAUCCAAAUAUUACUUUCUUUUGUCCAUAAUGAAUAAGAAAUGUAGUAGAUAAAAUCUCAAAUGCUGUUUUAUUAACGUAAAAUCCACAAACUGCACCAAG